AAGUUUGUUUAUUUAGUUUGUUGAGGCAGAAAAAAAAUCAGCCAAUGAAGAUCUUUCUCUGCUCAUUAACAUUUCUUCACCAAAACUACAGAAUGUUCCUUUAAUGUUGAAUUUCUGUGAUUGUUCCUCAAAGUCCUCAUGUAAUGUGUCAGAAUAGACCUGCAACAUGUGGAUGAAUUGAUCAGUCACAUGAACUAUUUUGAUCAUCAGUUAAUCCUUUUAGUUAUUUGUCAGCUAAACAAACCAAAUAUUCUCUGGUUCUAGCUUCUUAAAUGUGACGAUCUGAUGUUUUCUUUUCAUAUAUGAUCAUAAACUUAAUAUAUCUUUGUGUUUCACACUGUUGGUCGAUUAUAACAAGGCAGUUAAAGUGAUCUGAUUGGGCUGUGGGAACUUCUAACAGACUUUAUUCACUCUUUAAUAUACUGUGUGAUGAGAUAAAAUACUGUGUGAUGAGAUAAAUGACUGCAGGUUAGAUAAGAUGAGAGUCAACUGGAGGAAACUGCAGUGAAGAAAACAUUAAAAAGAUGAACUUUAGUGUUUGAAGAAUCUUUAAAAUGUGUUUUCAUGAGAAAAGAAAGUCUUUGUUCAUGUCAGAGUGAUAUUCAGCAGCUCAGCUUUCAGUCUAUGGAGCCAAUCUGUGUGUAUUUACAGCAGCAGCCUCUGGUUGGUUGAUUCACAAUGACUUUGAUGUUGUUGCUCCAGCUAACAGGAGCUAACUGGCUAAAUUAGCACUGGUUCAGUUUGCUAGUUGAAGUGAGGCGGGCACAUGUGAUUGGCUGAUAGAUGACGGGGGCGGUGACAUCACCACUGUCAAUGAAAUGUGAAGAAUGACAGAAUGAAAUAAAGUGUGUCUUUAUAAAAAGUGUGAAAUUAAAUAGUGUCCAUAUGUUGAUGGUUUAUGUUACUCUUUAGUCGUGUGUUCGGUGGUUCUCAAGUUAUUGUUUUUUAACGUCGCUGAACACUGCUUGCUCUUGAACGCAGCUCCCAUCAGCCUGCUCGUCAGCGCAUCGUACGGCGCAUGCGCAAAUCGUUCACUUCCUGACAGCACAUCAACAACAGCACAGAUUCACCUGUUCUGCUGGGUUUCCUUCUCUUCUCCAGGUUCCAUCGUGUUUUCUGCGUCGGACUCCCGCCGUGUCUCUCUGCUCGGCUCUCCUCGGGUCUCCUCGGCUCUCCUCGGGGUCUCUCCAUGCGCGCUCCCGUGUACGCGGCGCUGUUUGUUUGGCUGCUGAACGAUGCGGCGGCUCAUCAGUUCACCGAGGAGGAGAUGGCUGCUGUCAGACAGCGCAUCAAAUCCAUGUUCUACCACGCCUACAACAGCUACCUCGACAACGCUUUCCCCUACGACGAGCUCCGCCCCCUCACGUGCGACGGACAAGACACCUGGGGCAGUUUCUCGCUCACGCUGAUCGAUGCUCUCGACACUCUGCUGGUUUUGGGAAACCACACAGAGUUUCAGCGCGUGGCGUCGCUCCUGCAAGACACCGUGGACUUUGACAUCGACGUCAACGCCUCCGUGUUCGAAACCAACAUCAGAGUGGUCGGUGGUCUCCUGUCGGCUCACCUGUUGGCAGGUAGGGCAGGGAUGGAGCUGGAGCCCGGUUGGCCCUGUUCAGGACCGCUGCUGAGGAUGGCCGAGGACGCCGCCAGGAAGCUGCUUCCUGCGUUCCAGACUGCCACCGGCAUGCCGUACGGGACGGUGAACCUCCUGCACGGCGUCAGUCCCACUGAGACACCCGUCACUUGUACGGCCGGCGUGGGAACCUUCAUCCUGGAGUUCGCCACUCUGAGCCGACUAACAGGAGACGAAACGUUUGAGAACGUAGCCCGCCGAGCGCUGAGGGCCCUGUGGAAGACCAGAUCUGACAUCGGACUGGUGGGUAACCACAUCGACAUCCUGUCUAAGAAGUGGGUGGCUCAGGACGCCGGAAUCGGAGCGGGAGUCGACUCGUACUUUGAGUACCUGGUGAAAGGAUCCAUCAUGCUGCAGGACGAGGAGCUGCUCCACAUGUUCCUCGGUAACACUCAGAUAAAGAAGGAAAAACCAGCGGAGAGUCUUCAGUCCACCUCACGUCACCGUGACGCCUUGUUUGUUCCCUCAGAGUACGAUCGAGCCAUUCAGAACUACACCAGGUUUGACGACUGGUACCUGUGGGUCCAGAUGCAUAAAGGGACCGUCUCCAUGCCUGUGUUCCAGUCUCUGGAGGCCUUCUGGCCCGGCCUGCAGUCUCUCUUGGGGAACCUGGACAGCGCCGUGAGAACUUUCCAGAAUUAUUACUCAGUGUGGAGACAGUUCGGAGGUCUGCCGGAGUUUUACAGCAUCCCUCAGGGUUACACUGUGGACAAGAGGGAGGGAUACCCGCUGAGACCAGAGUUAAUAGAAAGCGCCAUGUACCUGUUCAGGGCGACAGGUGACCACACCUACCUGCAGCUGGGCCUCGAUGCUCUGGAGUCCAUCGAGAGGAUCGCCAAGACGCCCUGCGGAUACGCCACCGUGAAAGACCUGCGAGACCACCAGCUGGACAACAGGAUGGAGUCCUUCUUCCUCGCCGAAACCAUCAAGUACCUGUACCUGCUGUUUGACCCCGCCCACUUCCUGCACGGCGGGGGGACGGAGGGCGACGGCUCGUGGGAGGAGGGAGGCGAGGGGGGGCAGUGCAUUUUGGGAGCGGGGGGGUUCAUCUUCAACACGGAGGCUCAUCCUCUCGACCCGGCGGCGCUGUACUGCUGCAGCCGCCACGCCCGAGACCGACAGGAGCUCCGAGACAUUCUGCUCAGCCUAUCGCAGCCCGCGGAGGAGAAGACGAAGCCGCCCGCCAAACAGACAGACGGCCCCCCCGCCAGCCAAUCAGAGAGCAUUGCACUAAAACCAGGCGAGAGGAAGACGCCCCCCCUGCUGUCCUGCCCCGUUCAGCCGUUCAGCGCUCGACUCUCCAUCCUGGGUCAAGUUUUCACCGAUACCACCUGAGUCGGUCCAGCAGCUCACACGGAGCACAAACAACUCUGUCAUGUAAAAAACUGAUUCAGCGUGUCAGCGUCGAUGAACAGCCACAGGUGGAGCCACGUGGUUCCCAUUUCCAAAACCAGUUUAACUGGGAGGGGGAAAAAAAUCAUUCCAUGAAGGAACUCGGGCCCGGAGAACCUCGAGCUGACGACUGGGUUCAGUCUGUUGCUGUAAUUUAAACUGAAGGCUAAAUAUAUUUUAUUUAUUACA